UACAGUCCAAUGAUUUUGAAAAAAAUAGCAAAGCAAUAAUGGCUGCUUACAUGAAACAGCUUCUACUGAUUGCUGUUGUUGCUGUUCUUUAUACAAAAGCAUCAACUCAACCGAUGUCACUACCAAACUGCCCAUCAAAGUGUGGUUCUGUUACCAUUCCCUACCCAUUUGGAACCACCAAAGAUUGUUCCCUAGACAACACCUUUCUCAUUGAUUGCAACCAAACAUCUUCAACCUCAUACGCACCAUUCUUGCCACAGAGUAAUCAAAGUGUUCUAAACAUUGCACUCGAUGGUGAACUGCGUGUUUCAUGGCCAAUAGCCAGUGAUUGCUACGCUGAAAAGGGUGAAUUUGCAAAUGAAACAGCUCAGGGUAUCAGCAUGACAAAUUUUCAUAUUUCACCAACUGGAAACAAGUUGAUAGCAGUUGGUUGUGACACGAUGGGAUUAUUCUUAGCAAAUGAUUCCAGGGGAAACAACUAUACCACAGGAUGUGUGGCUUUAUGCAACAGCCGUAAUGAUAUUGUGGAUAAUCAAUCUUGUUCUGGUACUGGUUGUUGCGAGAUUUCAAUACCUCAAGGUCAUGUGCUUACAGAAGCAUUCUAUAUUUCUGGCAGCUUAUUGAACAAUCACUCAUCAGUACAUGACUUCAAUCCAUGUGGUUAUGCGUUUUUGGUUGAAAACGGAAACUACCACUUUUCAUUCACAGACCUCACGAGUUUGAAGAAGAAGGAGUUUCCUGUGUUGUUGGAUUGGGCAGUGGGGAACCAAACAUGCCAGCAGUCAAGUUAUGCAUGUAAUGCAAACAGUACAUGUUACGAUGUAGGAACUGACAAAUCUGUUGGUGGUUACCGUUGUAGAUGCUUUGUCGGAUAUCAGGGAAAUCCAUACCUCCAUCAUGACGGUUGUCAAGAUAUUGAUGAAUGCAUGGAGACGAAUGACUGUGUUGAGGGGGCAACAUGCAAAAAUCUUCUUGGACGUUACAAUUGUUCAUGCCCGACAGGAUUUGAGGGAGACGGGAAAAAAAGCGGAAUAGGAUGCAGUAAAAAAUUGAGCAGCAAACGAAGGAAAGAGAUCAUAUUGGUCAUCGCAUUGAGUGUCAGCUUAAGCCUCGUAGCACUACUGGUUGGAAGUUUUUAUGCAUAUUUUGCAUUGAAGAAAAGAAAGCUCGUUAAACUUAAAGAACAAUUUUUUCAACAAAACGGUGGCUUACUGUUACAACAACAGAUAGGGAGGCAUGGAGGAUCAACUGAAACAGCUAAAGUCUUCACUCUUGAGGAGCUAAAAGAAGCUACCAACAACUUUGAUGAAGGAAAGAUCCUAGGACAAGGAGGUCAGGGAACAGUUUACAAAGGAGUUUUACAAGAUAAAAGAAUUGUAGCGAUAAAAAAAUCCAAAAUCAAUGACCCAAACCAGAUUGAGCCGUUCAUCAAUGAAGUGGUCAUUCUUUCCCAAAUCAACCAUAGAAAUGUGGUAAAGCUUUUUGGUUGUUGUUUGGAGACAGAAGUUCCCUUGCUUGUUUAUGAAUUUAUUCCCAACGGUACUGUUCACGAGCAUUUGCAUGAUCAAAACCAAUCCAUAAAGCUUACAUGGAAAACAAGAUUAAGAAUAGCAAAAGAAACAGCUGGUGUCCUGUCAUACUUACAUUCUGCUUCUGCUCCACCUAUCAUACAUAGAGAUGUGAAAUCUACAAAUAUACUCCUAGAUCGCAAUCUUAUUGCAAAGGUUUCCGACUUUGGAGCUUCAAGGAUUGUUCCUCUUGAUCAUACUCAGAUAAACACUCUAGUGCAGGGGACAUUGGGGUAUCUUGACCCAGAAUACUUCCACACAAGCCAGCUAACAGAGAAGAGUGAUGUUUAUAGUUUUGGAGUUGUCCUGGCUGAGUUGCUGACAGGAAUGAUGGCACUAUCUUUUGACAGGCCAGAGGUUGAAAGAAACCUUGCUUCGUACUUUGGUUCUUCAAUGAAAGAGGGUCGGUUACUUCAUAUUUUGGACCAAAAUAUAGAUGAAGCAAAUAUUGAGCAACUAAAAGAUGUUGCCCAUAUUGCAGAACGGUGUUUAAGGUUGAAGGGCGAGGACAGACCAACCAUGAAAGAAGUGGCAAUGGAACUAGAGGGAAUAUUAGUUAUUGAAGAGCAUCGUUGGGGAAGUGACAAUGUGUUUUCAGAAGAGACUGAGAACUUGCUCAAAACAGCACAAUCCGUUAAAAAUGUUGAAGAUGGCAUCGGUGGAAGUGGCAUUAUUAAUUCUUAUGAUUCGUAUAGCUUAAACCAGAUCUCAAUGUCGAUUGGUGGAAGAUGAUUAGUUGAUUCUAAUAAUCAUGAUUAAUGUUAUUCUAUCUUCAUUAUAAUGGGGUUGUAGUAUAGAAUGUUGUAUUUUCUCUAUGUAUUGGCCAUGAUAAAGGCUUUACAAUGAAGUCUACUUUAUGCUUGAGUAGGUUUCUCCAAUUAAGUUGCUAAAUGAUUUUUCACUAUGAAAACAACAUUAAUUCCA